GGCCUAUAACAAGUAUUUGAGACAGGAGGGGGUGGAGGAGGGGAAACAGACUCCAAAAAACUACAACAUCAAAAUUAAUAAAUGUGUGUGACUACAUAAUAUAACAAUAUGUCAACUAAUCCUAAAUUUCAAAUCAACCUUUCUGUAGUUAUUUGUAUAUUUUAUUUUAAUGAGGGAUGUGGGUACAUGGUAUUUUGUUGAAUAUAAUGUGGAGUAGGUCCUCCCAAACAGGACUACAGGAGGCCGACAGGGGUUCUAAAAUGACCCUCUUUUAGGCCAUUAAGGUCCUGCAUGUGCCCAGCUGUGCCUGUGUCUCCAUGAUCUCCAUGAUGCCACUCUCCUACUUCGCUAAACUCAGCCAGCCAGCGUUGCAAAUUCCUAAGCUGCACCAAAACCUUUCCCCGUGUUCCCUCCUCCCGCCAACCAACACUCAUCCUGACUGGCUCCUUCCCACCUAUUCCUUUCCAACUUAGUAACCUCCUCACGGGGGGCCCCCCUGACCUGUCCAUCUAAAGUAGGCACAGGUGCCCCCCCAACCACCUGUUCUGUCGCCUUCUUUCCUCUAUAACAUUGCUCUCCAUCUGUAGUUUACUUUGUCUGUUUAUUCUAUCUUCCCAUGACACUAAAAAGCUCCAUGGAGGCGAGAAACUUUGUCUUGUUCUCUGUUGUGUCCUUAGGACCUACUCUAGUGACUGGCGCAGAGCAGGCCUCAAUGAAUAGCCGCUGAAUUUGUGAAUAAUGAAGGAGAACUGCAUCUUUGAGGGAGGAGGGCCAAGCCGGAAAGAUUUGCCGUGGACUCCAUCUUGGGAGGCUGGAGGCACUCUUCUUCCUCUGAUUCUAGGCCCCCAGAUGGGUUUCAAAAGGAACGUUUGGAGGUUUUUCCCCGCAGAAGUUCUGAUGAAAGCUCCUGUAACUUACCCUAUUGGGGUGGGGCUGAGGGAAAUAAAAAAAUGGACUCAAAACUAGUUUGAAAGGGAAGGAAGUGGUUGAGGGCAGGUGGAUGGCUUCCCAGGUUGGGGCACUUCCUUUGUCCCAGCCCCCCCCCGGAUUCUAACGGCUCCACCCCUUCCUGUCUUCCGCUGGGAGCCAGGAAUGGCUUGUUUUACGGGUUCCGGGUUCCGGGUUCCGGGUUCCGGGUUCCAGCGCCAGGGCCCUCAUCCUCGUUAAUUAUUCAACAUGGAGGAGGGCACUAGGAGAGGCGCUCUUAUUAAUAUUCAUGAGGGGCGGGGCCUCCCUCCCGCUGGGGCUCCUGGGAGGAUUCUAUAGUCUUCUCGAGGCUACUAGGGCUCCUGGGAGGCUGGCCCGCAGCGCCGGAGCGGACCCGAGCCGGACCUCUCUUCCCGGCCGGAAAACCUCGAGGAGAUUUUUCUUAAAAAACUUUUAAGAAAUUUGAGGAUGGUGGGGCACAACGACUAACUCCCAUCUUCCUGUGAUUCUUUAGCCGGAAAACGGUCACAUUCUGUGGAUAAAUUCACAAGAUAAGAAAAAGGAUGGCAUCUAGAGUAAAUACCAGUUUCACUUUGAUUCCCAACCAGAAAUACAGACGUAGUAGUCGUCGAUCCAGCCAUGUUUCCAACACCCUGGACUCAGAUUCUCAGCCCUUAUCAGCACUUGGAAAUUUUAGAACCUUGCCAUUGGAAAUAUUCCAAAUAAUCUUAAGAUAUUUAUCAGUGAAGGAUGUCAGCAUGCUAAGCAUGGUGUCCAAGACAGUCAGCCAGCACAUUAUUAAUUAUAUCUCAACCUCAUCAGGAAGCAAAAGACUUUUACUACAGGACUUUCAUAGCCUUGAGCUGCCUGGCAAGAGACAAGACUCUGCUGUAUUGGAACACUACAGAUCUCUAGGUUUACUGUUUAAAAGAUGUACAUUGUUGCUACCCACAAAAGAAAGACUAAAGUACAUUCACAAGAUACUCGCAGAAGUUCCCUGUUUUAAAUUCAAUGGCUGUGCAGCUCCUAUGCAGUGUUCAGGAUUAUCAUGUUAUGGCAUGCUUUUACAGACCUUAACAGCAGGUUGGGAUGAACUUGAGUGCCAUCGUGUUUUUAACUUUUUAUGUGAACUGACUGAUCUCUCCCGCAAAAUGCAGACCAUUGUCUUCAGCAAACCAGGAAAUUCCCGAAAACUAGAGUUAAGGAUCAGACUGUUCUGUAGGAAUGUCCUGUUUGAUCAUUGGAAACAUAGAAGUGAUUCUGCUUUUUGGUUGACACGUAUAUUAAAACCAUGGCCAAUGGUGAAUCAGGCAAGAUUACUAUAUAUCAUCUUUGGACCAAUAUCUCCUCAAGAUGGACAAGUGGUUUGGCAGAAAAUGAUAGAAGAAUCUACAGAUGAAUCUAGUCUGAAAGGUCUGGCUGAUGCCAUUAAAUUACUAUAUGACACAGGCGUCAAAGAGUGGACAGCAGAUGAUGUUAUCAGUCUUAUAGAUGAACUAUCAGUGGUUCCUCGUGAGUGGCUUCUAGAAAAUAAUGCACGUCUCCUAAUCCUAAGUGGGAACGACAUCUGUUUCACUUUCAUGGCUAGUAAAGCUGUGAAUGGACGGACCGCUGAACUGGCAAGACUGAUAGUCUUUUUGGCUUUGGUGUGCGAGAAAGAACUAUACUGCAUGGACUGGGCAGUUAAAAUGAUGCAAAAAGUCUGUAAAGUCUUUAGUACCUCAGUUGAAAAAAACAACUUCCUGCAGAAUGUGGCAAAUGCAUUUGCAUGUAUUAUAAUGGAAAUGCUGCAGUCAAUUAUGUCUGGAGACCGAGAUGAAGAGGACAGAAUCUUUUUGAAUUUGUUCCAUCUUGUGCAUGCUCAAGCUAACUUCCAUAAGGAGGUCCUGUAUUUGACCAUCAAUUCUAUCUCUACCUAAAUACUCAGAAAGCUGUGCAUUUAGAGACUACCUCACUGAACUAACAAUGAGAAGAAUGCUACUUUCCACAAUCAAAAAAUAGCACCCAAAGAACUUUUUUUCAUCCGAGUAAUUCUAAAGUUGCACAGAAUUUUAGGUGCAACUGCUUAUAUCAUUAUUAAUAUAAAAAUUUUAGGCAAACCCAAGAAUAUAUUGAGAUUUCUCUGGAAAACAAGUUGUGCCUCUCCAAAAUUUAUAAACCUCACACCAAAAUUUAGUCUCCAAGAGUCUGGGCCAGCCAGCCUGUAUGUGUGGGUCUUUGAAGCAAGAGAAAAUUUUGUGUUAUAGUUGAGCAGACCCCACUUCUGUAUGUAUCUGUUCACUGUGCUUAGACUGUGUAGACGUAGCCUAGAAUGUUUUGUGAAGGUUUGCAAUAUGAUGUUUUGGAAUGUGCAGAUAUAAAUCACAUUUUAAACCACCUUGUUGGCAUAUAGUUACAAAGAACAUUAUAUUUUGUUCAUGUUUUGUAUGAACUAACAGAUCAAAAACCAAAGGAAGUAUGUGUGUCUAUGUAUAUACAUAUCCAUAAAUAUGUAUAUAUGUACAUAUACACAAAUAUAUCUGUUUCUUUAAGACAAAUCAUACAAAAAGUCUAUAAAGAGAGAGGGGUAUAUAGAGUUUUAAUACAAAUCAUAUUUUAUUUCCUGGGGAUUAGAGUAAAAUGUUGCAAAUAAGGGAAAAUAUAAAAUGAAAGAAAAGUACCUAUUCUGAUGCCAGCACAAUACGCACAAAUAAUUUGCGCUUCUUCCUAAAGCUUUUCUCCCUAUCUUGAAAAGUAGAACUUGAAGAAACUGGAAGCAUGGAUGUUAAAGCAGCCCAGGAGCGGGGUUUUUCUUCACUCAAGUAAAUGAAUCCUAAGAAGCUCCAGGACUAUUUCAGUCUGACUAGCAUCACUUUUACUAUUAAAGUAGAAAACAAUAGCGCCUACUGCGGCUGAAAUAAUGCUGGAACUCUCCUGGAUUUUCCAUUUUCUUCUCCUUGGGUUUGAUCAUUUUACUUCUGUUGAACACACAACUUUUCCCACUCGACUUUUCAGACACUGGCUUUCCUUUUCUAAGCCCUUGAUUCAACUCACCUCUUGAGCUGAUAAAGGGGAGAAAUAACUAGACGAUAUAGAAAUUACCUGCAGAAGUAGAAUAGAAAUUGUGGAAAAUUCUCAGGUAUUUGGCAAGUGGGGUUCAAUAAGAGAUUUAAUAAGAUUGAGGAAGAGUGAAAUUUGUGGAGAAAAUACAAAUUUUGAUAACAAGAUUUUACUAUAUUUCAGUAGCAUAAGCACUUAACCUUCUUUUACGGAUGGUCAGAAACUAACUGCCUUUCUUUGAUGGAUUGUUCGACUGCAAUUCCAUCGGUUGCAGGAAUUAUUUCUCCAGAGUUUAGCAUUUACAUAUUUAUGCAAAGAAACAAGUCCUUGCUUUUAUCCUAUUUUCAUUUUCUUCCUCUAAUUUCGUUUUCUUCCUUCCAGUUCACCACUAAAUUAUGAAGAUUAAAAGUUGGCAGAUACCAGAGUACAAAACAUUUUAAUUAGCUUUUUGUUUCUCUCUCACUCUUUUUCUCUUACAUGCUUUGGAAAACCUAACCCAUUUAUUUAUCAAAAUAUUAGUAAUUCCAAGUUGAGAAUAUACUCCAUUAGAUUAUUUGUGGGGGCGGGGGAGAAGAAAAAUGAAGGAA